AUGGACAUGAUGGUGGCCGAAGAAGCCAGGGUGCCUGGCGAUAUUGACAACGAUCACAAGACAGCCGUGCCCUAUGGUGACGCAGGGCCUGAAGCUAUACCUGGCCCAGACGACAAGUUUCAAAGAGCAAUUGCUGCUUGGAGAGGCAUUGAUUUAUCUACACUCGUAUCAAAGCUUGACUCUACCGCUUCUGAAGUCGUUGCACAUCAACGCGAUUCUCUAACACAGCGCAAGGACCUCGCACAGAAGACUAAGGACUUUCGCAAAUUAGACGAUGCUGGAAAGCUAGCAGAGUACAAAGGAUUACUCAAAGCGUAUCAGACAUUCAUUGACCUGCUUACCAACCAAGGAAAGACUUCAUCUUCCGCCUUUCUUCAGCUAUAUUCGUCGCUUUCUGAGGCGCCUGAUCCGUUUCCAUUGCUGGAAGCGUGCGUCGAAUCAUUAGUCGUCUCAGAAGACACACUGCCAAAGAUUACAGAGGAGAGGGACACACUACGAAGGAGGCUCGAUAGGAUCACUUCACAGUUAGAGGAUACAGAAAGGCGCCUCAAUGAAGAAAGGACCAGCCGCAGUCAACUAGAGCAAGAUCAGCAUCGGCAAUAUAACGAGCUUGAAAUUUCAUGGUCCAAAGUGCUACAGGAGAAGCAGGACAAUUGGGAUGCGAAAGAGAAAGCAUUGCAGGACAAGCUUGAGAACCAGGAUCGCUUGUUGAAGGAGCUUAAGGCGAACUACGAAGUCUCUCAAAGGUUGGGUCAGAAUGCUGGAUCUGAUUCUGAAUCUGUAUGGCAGGGUGAUGCAGCUGCUACCGAACUGGAGAUGGCUCACGCCGACCUCGAGAAGACAACAGCGCGGCUAGCGGAUAUCGAAGCGCGCAAUGAGCAGCUCCGGAUGGAAUUAGCACAAGCUGUAUCACAAUCACAAUCUGGGAGAUCUUCAACCAUUCAAGAUGAUCCUACAUUUCAGACACUACAAUCGGAGAAUUCUGCCCUCCUUCGGCGACUUGAUGCGGCUCGCCUAGAUAAGGAUGCUGAGAAGCACCAAUGGGAGAACAAGCUAGUUCAGAUCGAGCGGCAAAAGCGUCAGAUGGGUAAUGAGAUCGAAGAGCUGAAACUGAAAAUCGAGAGGUGGGCUGACUAUGAUGAAUUAAAACGUGAACUUGAUAUGAUUAAGUCAAUCGAGUUUUCCACUGGUGAUGACGACGACCCUGAUACCACAAGUUUUCUAGCGAAUGGAACAGCGCAGAAAGGUAGCAAAGAGUCAUUAGAGCAACUGCUGAUGGCAAGAAACAAGAAGCUGAGCAGCGAAAUGACUAUGUUGAGAGUCUCUCAUCAAGAUUUGCAAAAACAGCUUCAUAACCUACAAGAAGACCUUUCGAGAACAAAUGCGGAUCUUGAAAAGUCACAACAGCUAACAGUGUCACUCGAAAAUGAUCUCUUAAAGGUUCAGGAAGAAUCAUCGAAUGAUUUUCCAUCCUCCGGCAUGUCAGUGGCCGGCACCCUGCGAUAUCCGCAGUCCACACGCAGGGGCCGAGCUUCCCCGACGUCGUCAAUCAUCUCGGGCUUUGAUACGGGAUCGCGAACGCCGUCUAGCACGUUGGAAGCACUUCGGGCAGGAGAACCGGUCGGAGGUGGCUCUGGAAUACUGCCAAUGGUCCAGGCCCAGCGGGAUCGGUUCAAGCAGAAGAAUUCGCAACUCGAGGAGGAGCUGUCGAAAACCUACGCUACCGUCACGUCGCUACGUCAAGAAGUUGCAUCACUUCAGAAAGACAAUUUGAGCCUAUACGAGAAGACACGCUACGUGUCAACGUAUAACAGGGGACUUCCUACCACGACUUCGUCUUCCUCUGCGUAUUCGCAAGAACCUAGUCACGCGACUAUACAAGUUUCAACAAAUGCAUCAUCCGGAUCAUUUGAUCGGUACAAGACACAGUAUGAGGCAAACAUAUCUCCUUUUGCCGCUUUCCGAGGCCGAGAAUCAGCUCGAGCGUAUAAGCGAAUGAGCAUUCCAGAAAGGAUCAUAUUUUCAAUCACUCGGAUGGUCUUGGCGAACAGAAUAAGCCGAAAUCUAUUUGCCGGGUAUUGUAUCGCACUGCAUAUUCUCAUGUUCCUCAUGCUCUACCAGAGCGGCAGCGUGCAGGUCGAUAAGCACGCUGCUGGUCUUGGCAAUGGCGCGGCAGCGGUUGCAGCAGCUGGAGGAGCGGGUUUCGGGAAAGACUCAAGUCCUCAAGAGUGGCAGCCGGAUGACUUUCAAGGAAGCUGA